CUUACGUAAAACUGUCAAGAGAUGAAAAAAUUUUGUGUUGCUCGUUGAAAACGAAAUUAUUUUCUGCUUCAAGAUGGUGAUUAAAAUUUAGCAAAACUCUCCGGAAUACUUUUCAAUAUUUUAAGAAAGUAGCACGCAAUAAGCCAACUCGCAAGCCACGGUCUUUGCAGGAACCAAAAUUGACCAUCAUUAUAGCCUUUUUUUGCAGAUGCAUAAGAGUAAAUAAAAUGAAUAUUCGAAGAAAAAUAGAUGUAUAAACAAGGCAUUAGCUGCUUCCAGCAGAAAACGCUGUGAGUUCUGCUAUCCAUUUUAGUAGAAGUAUGUCCGAACAUUCUAAUUCGUCAAGCUCUCCAAAGCAAGAUGAUACAGACAGAAACUGUGACGAACAGCAAUCGCCCGUUUGUUCACAACAGAGUGAUCUGCAAAAGGCAAAAUGGAUUUGCGAAUAUUGUACAUACGAAAACUAUCCUCAAUCACUAAAAUGUACGAUGUGUAAAGGACAAAAACCAUUGCUUAAUGAAGAUAUUUUCAGACUCAGUCCAACCCAGCAGCUUAACACAACGAAAAGAUCUACGUAUAACCUUGCAAGUGGUCCAUCGACAACGUCCCCGAAGUCCGACGACAGUAUUAUCGAAGGAAACCAAAAGUGGAUCUGUAAUGUGUGUACUUACCGCAACCUACUUCAAUCUCGAAGAUGUUUGCAAUGCAACAGCAAAUGGGAAGGUGAUAUGUUAACCAAAACGCUUACCCACAAAUCUCAGUCUCAAAAAAUAUCUCCACCAAAAGUGAUAUCGCAAUAUGAAAGCUUGAGCGAUCAGUUAAACGCAAUGAAUAUUUUUCGCAGUUCUGAAGAGGAUGAUGCGUUUGAUCUGUUUUCACCUGGCAGUGGGUGUGCUAGGAGAAAGCGUAAUAACUCUCCUGCCAACAGUGGUUCGUCUAGCGGGGACCCAGCUGUAGAUCGUCCAAGAGACUGCUAUUCUGGUGUAAGUAGUGAGGACGUUAAGGUUCAAUCGCCAACGACAGUUUCCCCGAUAAACAGCAGUAGUCGCAUAGCAACUAACACAGGAAAAUGGUUUUGCUCAGUUUGCACUUACGAAAACUGGCCAAAAUCGUUGAAAUGCUCGAUGUGCUUGCAUCCACGUGAAACCAACAGUGGUCGUACUAGUCAGGCAUCCGCUAGGCAUUCACCGGACCACGAUGAAAAUGUAGCAAGUAACAUCGUGGUAAACAAUAAGCGCAACCAACAGUUUGUACGUGAGCAAGAACCCAUGAAUAAUCAUGAUGUGUAUCAGCAGGAAAGGUAUAUGCGACAACUUAGGAGACAACCAGAUUGGCAGUGGCUGAAUGCUUGCAUCGGAAUCGCGGAAAAUAAUGUGGGAGCAGUGGAAACUUAUUUGGGAUGCGGUGGCGAUCCAAGUCGUUCGCUUACUCCAGCCGAGGUGAGUUUGCUCAAUCAUAACAACAUUGCUUUCGAUGUUGGCCACACGCUAAUCCAUUUGGCAAUUCGUUUCCACCGUGAUGAGAUGCUCCCGCUGCUGUUGGCUCAGAUUUCUGGUUCAGGACCAGGCAUUAAACGGGUACCUUCCUACGUGGCUCCAGAUCUUGCAAGCGAUAUUAGGCGUCAUUUUGCCCUUUCAUUAUGUAUCCGAAAAGUUGCAUUCAACUGCCAGUAUGUUAAUGAACAUGCGACCUUUUCGCUCCCUGCUGACAUCGAAGAACUGCCGUUGGCACUACAAGAACAGCUUUACGAGGAAUUACUCGAUCGUGAUGCUCAAAAGCAAUUGGAGAUGCCUCCGCCAGCACUGAACUGGUCAUUGGAAAUCACUGACCGGCUUGGAUCUCGUUUAAUGGUGCUAUGGAAUCGAAGUGCUGGUGAUUGCUUGCUUGACUCUGCUAUGCAGGCAACAUGGGGUGUAUUUGAUCGGGAUAAUACGCUACGAAGAGCUCUUGCAGAUAGUCUACACCAAUGUGGCCACUUUUUCUAUCCUCGCUGGAAGGAAAACGAAAUUAUUCAAGCUGCGUUAUUGAACUAUACCGUAUCAGAAACGCAAUUGGAAGAAGAUUGGAGUACACUUCUUUCGCUCGCUAGUCAGCCUGGAUCUUCACUUGAACAGCUUCAUAUCUUUACACUAGCGCACAUUCUUCGUAGGCCUAUUAUUGUAUAUGGAGUUAAGUACGUGAAAAGUUUUCGGGGUGAAGACAUCGGAUACGCGCGAUUCGAAGGAGUUUACUUACCUCUUCUAUGGGAGCAAGGUUUUUGCCUAAGUUCACCGAUAGCGCUGGGCUAUACUAGAGGUCACUUUAGUGCUUUAGUGCCGACAGAGCCAUAUUCGCGUAUUGAUGCGGCUAGAGACGAUAGGGAAGAUAUCACAUUUUUACCACUAAUGGAUUGUGAAAUGAAACUAUUACCUAUUCAUUUUUUGAAUAACAAUGAGAUUGGUCGAGAGGAAACCAUUAUGCGUCAGUGGUUGAAUGUAUGUGAAACUGAAGGAGGAUUAUUAGUAGCGCAACAGAAACUUCACAAACGUCCGCUUUUAGUAGCCCAAAUGUUAGAGGAAUGGCUGAACCAUUACCGGAGAAUAGCAAUUUCAAGGCUUUUUUAAAUAUUGCUUAUGCUGAACUGUUAGUGGCUUUCUAACAAACCAGUAAUUUUAUCAACAUUGGAUCGAAGCAGCUUCACACGAAAUUUACGUAUAUGUGCAUGGUUUGCAGAUAGUUAAUGAUAAGUCAAAUAUAAAUCCAAAUACAUCACGUCGCAUACAUCAGCACAUUGUCGAACAAACAUUGAACGUCAAUUAAUAGACCUUUUCUCUCGUAAAGCGCUAUCAGUGAAUAACCAGAUAUAAAUUCCAGCACAAAAUUAGAUUUAUAAUUAUCGAGCAGCACUGUUCGUAUCGAGUAGCACGACAUAUUUUGGAAAAUCUCCUUCACCGAUCAUCUACGAAACCGCGAAAACCGAUGGAUUCCCACCAACCAGGGCGGAGCAUGAAUGCAGCACAUUAGUGAUUUUAAAAAAGAGAGCUAUGAAAUAUAAUGCACUAGUACUUUAUCAAUUUGAAAAAUUGCAUAAAUACCAAGCCAGGAUAGAUACAAUCUAUAAAAUCAA